AGCGCAAAAAUAAAAGCUAUGCUUCCGGUGUCAACAGAAAAUGAAUGGGGAAUGACAGCUAGCUGGCAGUUUCUGGGCGAUGGUGCUUUGUUGUUUUCUUGCGAGUAGCCUGGGCUUUGUAUGAUGGGGAAAUUAAAAAGCUUUGAGAUAGUACUCGAUAAUAAUCGAAGCGUUUUCCAUCCUGGUGAACGAGUGCAAGGGAAAUGUGUAGUUGAUGUGAAAGGUGAACUGAAGCUGAAAGCGCUCAAGAUAUUCAUGAGAGGUCUUGCCAAGGUGCAUUGGACUGAGCCACGAAGCACGGGAACAAGACUGGGAUCAUACACAGAACAUUAUAAUUCUGAAGUUGAGUACUUUUUCAAGCGACAGACACUGCAUGGUGCAGAUAUUCCAGACCAACCUCGAGAAACUCUGUCAGAUGGUAGACAUGAGUUUGAAUUUUGCUUCGAACUUCCCUUUCAAUGCAUUGCUACUUCAUUUGAAGGAAAGCAUGGUAAUAUUCGUUACUGGUUAAAAGGGGAACUUGAGAAACCUUGGGCUUUUAAUCACAAGACAAAAAAGGCAUUUACAGUCAUCAGCCCAAUUGAUAUCAACAAACAAGAAUAUCAGCUUCCAGUUGAAAACAGUGUGGAGAAGUCUCUGUGCUGCUGGCUAUGUAUAUCUGGCCCUAUCUCAGUAUGUGCCAGAACAGACAGGAGAGGAUACUGCCCAGGGGAAUCAAUUGCUAUAUCUGCCGAUUUUGAGAACCAUUCCUCAAGAACUAUCAUCCCAUAUGCCACUCUUCACCAGACACAAACUUUCUUUGCUAAUGGAAAGUCGCGAUUGAGGAGCACCAAGUUCACCGUAUUGACAGGCUUGCCAAUCACACCUGGUAAUAGGGCUACUUGGGAUGCUCAGCUACUCAAGAUCCCUGCAGUGUCUCCAUCUAUUAUCAACUGUGGAAUUAUUAAAGUGGAGUACUAUGUAAAGGUAGCUCUCCACAUUCCAGGGGCUUACAACUUGUCAGUCCAUUUGCCAAUAGUGAUUGGAACUGUUCCUUACAGAAGGUUUUCGCCAUACAUGGUUUCCUAUCCUAGAGUCAUUGAGGAAGUGGGGGUUUCAUAUUUUGAUAGCAGAAUGUUACCAGUCCCACCCCCUUACAGAGAGAUGUCUCCUCCUCUUCCUGCAAUUGAAGCUCCACCUACAUAUGCCGAGACAUACAGCGGUGCAGUGGACAUCAGAGAUGAAGAUGACGAUGACAAUAGAGGGGUCAACAUGGGGGACUGGACAUACACACCUAUGUAUACAUAUGUCUAUGGGUACAGAUACAGACCACCACCAGCCUACUCUGAGAUUGACCCCAAUCCUGUCACAGAGGACCAAGCAUCCAAUGUUGCUGAACAAAGCAGCAACACCAGAUUGUGAGAAUGAAAACUUGAAUCAGCACAUCACAAUGAUUAACCCUGGAUGGGGUUUUAUGAAAUGGAUCAAAAUUACCAAUGAAAGACAACUAUGGGUAAUUGUUGUCCUUUUGAAGAGAUUCCAUUAAAUACACUUCUUACCACAGCAUUUUAGAAUGCAUUGAGACUUAUUUUGGAAAACUGAUCAGAGAUUUGAAGCAAAUCUGUUACAACAUGACAUGAUAGGUGCUCAGUACUUUUUAUUGGAUAUUAUAAGCAUUAUAAGUAAUAUUUAACUCUGUUGUCAUAAUGAAUAUUUGAUUGUAUUAAAAAUGUAAGUAUUAAAUUAUUGCCAACAUAAAAGUAUGGCUGUUAGGAUAAUGUUAUAUAAAAGAAAUCGUUGACAGAAGAUUUAAGGUUUAACUGAUGACAUAACGUUAGAAAUUUAUGACCUGAUCAUUACUACACAAUAAACAUGGUUAAAUACAACACAGACCAAUAAAAGGAUAAACCUUUUUGCUAUUAACCUAAAUACUACUGCUCACGAUUUCCAUUUUUCUUCAAGCAUGUAUCUCCCUUGCAUAGAAUGUCCUGACAUGUAGUAGAGUAAAAUACACUUGAUUCAAUGUUGUGUGAUUUCACAGCAAACUAUUAACCAAUUUGUUGAUGAAGAUAGUAAGACUAUUAAUAAUCUUAUAUCUUACAUUUUAGUGUCAAUUGUGUUUGAAGUGUUUCAUGUAAUCAUUUGUUGCAUAUUUGGACAUCUUUAUUUUAAUUUUUUUUUCAAAGGAAGGUGAGUUUAUAUUUUGUAUAUUAUUUGUUUUUGCACUUGUUUUUUUUUUUUUUCUUGUUGACUAAGAUCAAGAUGGCAAAAAUUUAAAAACUUUAUAUGCUGGUUUGUAACUAUAAUGACACAAAAUGUACUGCAGAAGGUUUUGCAGAGAUGAAAUCUGUAUUUUGUGGAGAAAAAAAGUAAUUGGAAUUUGCAAAUUAAUUUCAUUUGAUAGGCAACAUGUUAAUGUAAGUUUGUAUUUAUAUAGCCGAAUGCCAGAUGUUGGAGAGGCAGUUAGUUUGAGAAAAUCAGUAUUGGGUUCAACCCAGUUUAAGGCGUACAGUGCCAAUUAGACCUUUAUAUACAAGGGGAAAAAGAUUAUUUUGGGGAAAUUUCAGCACUUUUAGUCUACCAAGGUAUACACUAUCCAUAGCCAUUGAAAAAAUUACAAUUUAUGAACUUCUUUUCGACUUUAAAAUUUCAAACUUUUACUGUCAAAAGUGACAAAUGACCAGUCUGCAUCUUCAUUACCUGAAGACUCAAAAACUAGAAACAUGCAACCUAGUGUUAACAAACCUGAAUUCUAUGGGCAGUUGGGGAUAUGGUCUACCUUGGUGAAGAAGGGUGUUGAAAUUUCCAGGCAAAUAAUACUUUACUCUGUGAAAGUCUCAUGCGUGGUUUGAUGGGGGCACAUAUCAUUGGCACAUGUAGUGACAGUAAAAUAUCUGCUGGUAUCAUGCAGGUCCAUACAAAAUGUCUGAAGCAUUGAGAUAAUGGAGAAGCAAUCUGUAAAAAUGUUUGUCCGAAAGAUAUAGUGCAUAUUUUUGUUAUGUAUUUAUCAUUAUUUGUUCACUUUGGUAACAUUAUUUUGCAUAGUAUUUUUAAGUUUUGUAGCAUGUUUUGAAUACAUUUAAGUAACAUUUUGCAUUGUUAACUUGCCUGGUAGCAAUUAUUAUGUUAACAGUCUUGUAUAAGAGGUGUACUGUUUACUUCACCACGCCAUUUGCUUGCACAUCUGACAAUCUGAUAUCAUGUACUGUAUACACAUUAAUGCCACUAAUGUGCUAGUCAAAAUAAAAAAU